AUGUCUGGCUUCUCGUCUGGCGCAGGAGGGGGACAGGGCCUGGGCAACCUGACGCCCUCGCGUCGUGCUCCCCCGGUUCCCUCGGCACCUUCCGGUGGCUCCUCUCGCUACAACGACGCCAGCGGGCCGAGCAUGAGCGGCGGCCUCCCCGGCAUCACGGGCGCAGGGGCCGGUGGGGGAAGCUACACGGGCCCCCUCAGACCAGCUGGCCCCGGCGCCGUGGCCAAUGGCGGAGGCGGCAUCGGUCUGCCGGGCAUGGGAGGCGCUGGCGGUGGUGCUGGCGGCGGCGGCGGUGGUGGCAUUGUGCGAAAGGGCUACGUCAGCGUCAAGGAGGACGGCAUCAGGAGCUGGAUCUGGAGCAAGCGAUGGCUGGCACUGCGCGAGCAGACGCUCACGUUCCACAAGAACGAGACAACGUUCCAGGCCACCGCCCUCAUCUUUCUCAAAGACAUUACCAACGUGACGCGCACCGACCUCAAGCCGUACUGCGUCGAGCUCGAGACAAAGGACAAGACCUUCUACCUCCAGCUGAAAAACGACGAGGAGCUCUACGGCUGGAUCGAGGACGUGUACAACCGGUCGCCGCUCAUGGGUGUCAGCAGUCCCACCAACUUUGUUCACCAGGUCCACGUCGGCUUUGACCCCAUCAGCGGCGCAUUUACCGGUCUGCCCGAGCAGUGGACGAAGCUGCUGACGACGAGUGCCAUUACAAAGGAGGACUAUGCAAAGAACCCGCAGGCCGUGCUCGACGUCCUUGAGUUCUACACCGACAUCCAGAAGCGCGAGAGAGACGACUUUGGCCUGGGCACACCCACCAUGAACAUGCGUCCGGGCGGCGGCGGCAGCGGCAGCAGCAGUGGAGGAGGCAGCCAGCAGCGGAAUCAGUACGGCGGCCCGUCGCAGGCGCAGCAGGCCAAUGCGCCCGGCCGCUUCGGAGGGACCGGCUACGGUGGCCAGUCGCAGACGUCGACCUCGUCGUCGACGAAGCAGUCGUCGUCGAGCUCGAGCUACGGCGGUGGCACGGCCACGGGCGUCAAGCCGCUGCAGACGUCCAAGAAGGAGCCUUCAUCAUCGUCGUCUUCGUCGCCGGCAGCAGCAGCAGCAGCCGCAAGCAAAAAGGAGCAGGAUCGGCGCAUCUCGACCAUGUCCGAGGCGCAGAUCAUGGAGAAGCUCCGGUCGGUGGUGAACCCAGAGGACCCCAACGUGCUCUACUCCAAGAUCAAAAAGGUCGGCCAGGGCGCCAGCGGCAACGUGUAUGUGGCCAAGACGCUGAGCACGGGCCAGCGCGUGGCCAUCAAGACAAUGGACCUGGCCCAGCAGCCGAGAAAGGAGCUCAUCGUCAAUGAGAUUCUCGUCAUGAAGGAGUCGCAGCACCCCAACAUUGUCAACUUUCUCGACUCCUACCUCGUCCGCAACAACGAGCUGUGGGUCAUCAUGGAGUACAUGGAGGGCGGCGCACUCACCGACAUCAUCGACAACAACACCCUCGAGGAGGACCAGAUUGCGGCCAUCUGCUUUGAGACGUGCAAGGGCCUCGAGCACCUGCAUGCACAGAGCAUCAUCCACCGUGACAUCAAGUCGGACAAUGUGCUCCUCAAUGCCUCUGGCCAGGUCAAGAUCACCGACUUUGGCUUCUGCGCCAAGCUCACCGACCAAAAGUCGAAGCGGGCCACCAUGGUCGGCACCCCUUACUGGAUGGCGCCCGAGGUCGUCAAGCAAAAGGAGUACGGUGCCAAAGUCGACAUUUGGUCCCUGGGCAUCAUGGCCAUUGAAAUGAUUGAAAACGAGCCGCCGUACCUGGACGAGGAGCCGCUCAAGGCCCUCUACCUCAUCGCCACCAACGGCACCCCCACGCUCAAGAAGCCCGAGAAGCUGUCCAAGGAGCUCAAGGGUUUUCUGGCCGUGUGCCUGUGCGCCGACGUCAAGAGCCGCGCCUCGGCCGACGAGCUGCUCCAGCACGAAUUUCUCCAAAAGUCAUGCACCCUCUCCAGCCUCGCGCCCCUCCUCCGCUUCCGCAACCGGGCCAACAGCGAGCGGUCCUAG